AUGGAUGUACUUUUUUUUUCUGAUGAUAUAAUUUGUAGAUUAAAACUGAACAGCAACAGAACAGAAAAUAACUGUGCGUACAGGCAGCAGGAGUUUAUUUCUCCAUUGUUUGUUACCCAAACCUCAUCAUACACUGUGGCUGUCUGGCCAACAACCAUGACUCUCUCCCCAGCCACUUCCAGAGCUCCUCUUCCCUGUCUGAGCCAAGAAUCUGACAGAUACCCAGGGUUUAGAUUACUGCCUCGGACUCGGCGCUAUCAGUCACUUCCCAGUCUAAACCCCAGUGUCCCUCCGCCAUCAGGCUGGUUCAGCUCCAUGGAAAUAUUUCUGGGUGAGAGAAAUCGGCUUUGA